AUGGGACGGACGGCCAGCAAGGUGGAGGGCUUGGAAGAGAUUGCCAUGGAUCUGGAGCGCUUAGCCAGAGAGUUAGGCCUCUGCACUCCGGCGCCUGGCGAGUACGGCCACAGGACGGCGGGAACAGGUGCUGUUCGGCCCCCUUUAGCCCCUGGCGCGACAUCUGCGGAUUCUGGUGUUGUGGUGGGGAAGCUACAUCGUGGUCUACCUGUUCUCGCCAAGGACGUUGAUGCCUCUCGACUUUCUUUCCCUCAGGACCGACCAAAGUUUAAAGCGUCCGAGGUGCUCAAGGGCAUCCAGCGGGAGGUAUACAACUCCCCAUUGCAGUGGGCCCAAGAUCCUGAUUCAUCCACUUGUCCUGUACCCCGAGCUCAUGUGCAAGCGUCCCGGAGAGGCGCUCUCAAGUUGCUCGAAUUUCUAGAUGCUCACCAUCGCCUCGAGUUGCUUCCCGAGGCCGAGAUCCGCAGGUCCCAUCUGUGCGGGGCCUUCUCCCUGCUGAAGGAUCAGACCCGCGACCGACUGAUUUUAGACGCACGUCCUGCCAACAUCUUGGAGGAGCCGGCGCUGAAUGACUACACCCAGACAUUAGGGGCUGUCCAAGCUUUGCUGCAAGUUGAACUCCUUCCUGACCAACAGAUGAUAUUUCACGGUGAUGAUCUGCGCGAUUAUUACUACUGUUUCUGUGUGACAAAAGAACGAGUGAAUCGCAACUGCAUGAGGUUCCCUCUGGCCCCUCGAGAUGUUGCCCACUUGUCAUGUUUUUCGGAGAGACUGCUGGAGCAUAAGACGGUCUACCCUUGCUUAGCUACGAUGGCGAUGGGAGAUCUCAACGCUGUGGAGUUCGGACAGGCUGCUCAUGUGUUGCUGGCCCUGGACUGCAGGGCCACUAGCUUGGAAGAGCUCCUGACGGUACGCGGCCGCGCGCCCCGAGGCAACCUGGCCACUGGCAUCAUCAUUGACGACUACGUGGUCUGUGAGAAGGUCGCUGCUCCUCCUGGGGAUCUCCCCACGGAGGGCGAGACUCGCAUGGCCUGGAUGAAUGAGGCCUACGCCAAGGUUGAGCUGACAGCCCACACGGGCAAGGCUUUUCGGAGAGAGUCCCAGGCCGAGUUUUGGGGCGCUGCAGCUGAUGGUAACAAGGGUACAGUCCGACCUUCCCCGAAACGGUUGAUCCCCUUGAUCAUGAUGACGGUCCGGGUAGCUCGUUUGCAGAUCGCUACAGUGGGUCUUCUGGAGAUUCUGGCGGGGUCGUGGGUAGCGAUUUUUCAGUUUCGAAAGAGACUAAUGUGCCUCUUGGAAGAGAUCUACGCAGCGCAGCGAGACCGAGAGCAGAACUGCAUUGUUCAUCUGUCGUGCAGUAUGAUUCAUGAGCUGUGGUCCUUGGUGCUGGUUGCUCCCUUAGCGGUAACAAACCUCCGCGCCAAGACGCUCCCGGUCGCCUACCUCACUGAUGCUUCUGAGCAGAUGGUCGCGGGAGUUUCCUCUCGAGUGCCGGAGAUUUUUGCGAGAGAGCUCCAUCGCCAUUGUCUAGCUCGAGGCGUUUGGACCCGGAUGCUGACCCCCUGGAAAGUAUGGCUUCGACGGCACGACCUGCUACAGCCUGAGGAGGAGUUGCCCGCGGGAGUGCCUUUGGUAAGCCAUCCUGUCUGGACCUCGCUGGCUCGCUGCCUAUCCUUUAAGCUGCUGUUCCGGAGCCCUGUGCGCCGAAGACGCCACAUCAACUUGCUGGAGCUCCAGGCCGUGCUGGAGGUGGAGCGACGGGCUGCCCUGCGGAAGCCAAGCUCCAGGUUGCUGAUUGGUGUUGAUAGCCAGGUAGUGUUGGGAGCACUUUUGAAAGGUAGGACUGCCUCGCCGCCUUUGAACAGGAUGUUGCAGUACUCUCUGCCCACCUUGCUCGGUGGGGACUUGUACAGCUCUUAUGGUUACGUCCCGUCGUUGGCCAAUGUUGCUGAUGACCCCACUCGAGGAGCUUCCAUUCGAAGCCCUGCAGCUGAGCCCCCUGACUGGCUGGUAAAUGCUUUUCAGGGGGACUUUGACAGUUUGGACAAGUGGCUGAAUGCUUUGGGGUUUGGGCCCCAACAACUUGCGUGCCUCCCGGGAUGCCCAAAAUCCCUCGAUGCCGGAAUGCUCGAGGACUUUGUGCGCGAGCUGCGGUCUGUUCAGAAACCAGAUCGCCUCGCGCGGUUCGACCAGGCGGCGAAAACCCCUGAUCCCUUUGCCACAGGGCCGCAGCAGAAAAAGAAAGCGUCAAGAGAGCCGCAAGCUCCGACGGUGGAGACGUCAAGACUCCAGGAGCCUCAGGCCCGCGCUGGUGAGCUCCCUGAAACCCAGUUCGUUGUCGACGGUGCUUGGAGCUUGGCUGGGUUUUCCCCGCGCUUCAGAGGGUUUUUGGACCUCUAUAGUGGGAAAGCUGGGGUCGCUCGACAGCUCAGCCGACUCUCGGGCACUUGGGUGCUCACCUUCGACUAUGAGCGGGGCGCCGACCAAGAUCUACUGGACCCUGGGGUGCAGAAGAAGAUUUUACAACUGAUGCGGUUUGGGGCUUUUCUGGGUGUAGGUUUACCUGGCAUCACCCAGAGUAUGCACCUGAAAGUUCUCCGUGGGAACCAGCAUGCUGCUUUCACGUUGUCAGUGCUGAAGGUCUACCCCAGACCGCUGUGCGCUCGCAUAGCCUCUGCAAUGUUGCGAGCUGUGAUCAACGGUGGCGUUGACGGUCAGCUUGACUCGGCAGGUUGUGCUAGGACAGGCACUCUUCGUGUCGGGGAGGCACAGAAUCCGGGCCCUCGGCGGGCUCGUGACAUCGCCGCCCUCGAUGAAGCCAAGUUGAUCACCCCUGCUACGGCGCUUUUGCAGGAUCGAGCUUGGGAGCAGUUUCGCAGCUGGCUGAUUGCGAACUUGAGCGCAGAGGCCUUCUCCCAGGCGGUGGUGCAGUUGCAGCUUACAGACGAGGGGAAGGUAUAA